AUGUUGAAGGCUGUUGGUACGGUACAGAGCCCCAACUACUCGAACAGAAGGCAACAAUGCUCAAAAGCGCUACGUUUCCCAUUGUCUAAUGAGAAACCCGUGGAAAUCGGCCAGGAGGACAUCCCCUACCAGCCGCUCUUGUCUGUUCUUGUCGCCUUUGCGGCUAAAAAUCGAGGCCAAGCUCACAUGGAACUUGGAAACGACAGGAAACACGAAAGGCAAAUAUUUCCCGUCCACAUUCCGCGAGAGUCAAGAUACAAGCGUGAACCUACAAUGACCGGUAUAAUCAGGGCUGCUCUCCGCCCGCAGGAACUAAAGCCGGUU